UGAACUCCUGAUUCCAGUUCUGAGCGGGCCGGCUGAGCAUUCGCAUCGUCUCUCAGAUAUACGUCGUCUUUUAGACAUCAACAUCCAAGACAGACAAAAAAGUUGAGAGAAAAGAUAGAAAUCAAGGGUGGAAAAAACGAACUGUUGCAACGUCCUCGUUAUUCACGUAGAUUGUACAUAGUAAUCGAUGAUCGUAACAUCGCUAGAACCGCCAGGAUCAAGAGAACUUCUUUUGAGAGAGACGAUCGACUUUUAAUCGUUAAAUACCACUUUGCCGGAUCGUAGUUUUGCCAAAUUAAAGUGUUACGCUCUUUUGUUUCGAGGACUCGUUUCAUUUCGGAAAUGCCGUUUAUUCAACCCGAUCGAGUUGCUGCGUGAAGGAUCAAGAGUGUGCAGUGCAGUGCAUACGGUAUUCGAUCCUUGAGAAAGUUCUAUUAAAUCUGCGUUUCUAUUUCGCGCGGUUACUUCUUUAUUUCUGUUCUCCUUACGAGUUACCGGAAAUUUACGAGAGGGAAGCACGGUGACUACGGGAGCGCAAUUUUUGAACUGCUGACACAGUGUCGUGAGAUCGAUAAUUGGCCACAGUUAGAAACACUGUUAUGUCUUCGCGGUAGUUCCGCCGUGACCAGUACAGGAACACGCGAGAGAGGUCAUCGAAAACGAGGGAACCUUUUCACGGUGAGCGGAAAAAAUUGACGAAAAUGACGAAAGCAUCGAGAGAACCGGAACUCGCGGAUUCUGAAAAUCCUGACAAAACCGCAUUGAAUCUAACAUCGAACUCGAAUAAAACGAAGCCAUUGCCAGAACGUGGUACAUGGAGCACCAAGCUAGAUUUCAUUUUAAGCGUGGUUGGUUUAGCAAUUGGUCUGGGAAAUGUCUGGAGAUUUCCAUAUCUCUGUUACAAGAACGGUGGCGGUGCAUUUUUAAUCCCAUACUUUCUGACGCUAGUUCUUGCCGGGAUUCCAAUGUUUUUUAUGGAACUAGCUCUCGGUCAAAUGCUCACAGUUGGCGGUCUCGGUGUAUUCAAAAUAGCACCCCUUUUUAAAGGUAUUGGAUACGCUGCCGCUGUCAUGUCCUGUUGGAUGAAUGUGUAUUACAUCGUUAUCCUCGCUUGGGCCAUUUUCUACUUCUUUAUGUCUAUGCGCAGUGAAUUGCCAUGGGGAAGCUGUAAUAAUUACUGGAACACAAGGAACUGCGUAAACCCCUACGACAGAGGUUCACUGUUAUGUUGGAAUAAGUAUAUCAUACAACACCAUCGUUAUGUUAAGAUAUGCUCCGUCAAUGACGUCAAUAUGACAAUCACAGAGCUUACUGAUCCGGUAAAAGAAUUUUGGGAACGUCGAGCACUUCAAAUCAGUGAAGGAGUCGAAUACGUGGGCAACAUUCGUUGGGAGUUAGCUGGUACCCUUCUUUUGGUUUGGAUCCUUUGCUAUUUUUGCAUUUGGAAAGGUGUCAAGUGGACCGGAAAGGUGGUGUACUUCACCUCCUUAUUUCCUUAUGUUCUACUGACGAUCCUUCUGAUUCGCGGAAUUACAUUACCUGGAGCUAUGGAAGGCAUACGCUUUUACAUUAGUCCAAAUCUUUCUAAGCUAAAAGAAUCCGAGGUAUGGAUAGACGCUGUUACUCAAAUUUUCUUUUCAUACGGGCUAGGUUUGGGUACAUUAGUAGCGCUCGGUAGUUACAACAAAUUUACGAAUAAUGUUUAUAAAGACGCUCUAAUUGUUUGUUCGGUGAAUUCUUCAACGAGCAUGUUCGCCGGUUUCGUCAUAUUUUCGGUAGUAGGCUUCAUGGCACACGAACAACAAAAACCUGUCGCAGAAGUUGCUGCUUCCGGUCCAGGAUUAGCUUUCUUAGCAUAUCCUUCUGCAGUUCUUCAGCUUCCUGGAGCACCUCUAUGGUCUUGCCUCUUUUUCUUUAUGCUUCUUCUUAUAGGUUUAGAUUCUCAGUUUUGUACCAUGGAAGGGUUUAUCACUGCUAUGGUGGACGAAUGGCCACAAUUGCUUCGUCGGCGUAAAGAACUCUUUAUUGCAAUUGUUUGUGUACUUUCUUACAUUAUCGGAUUAUCUUGCAUUUCGCAAGGUGGCAUGUAUGUCUUUCAAAUCCUGGAUUCGUAUGCAGUAUCUGGGUUCUGUCUUCUUUUCCUAAUUUUUUUCGAGUGUAUCUCAAUAAGCUGGGCCUUUGGUGUUAACCGAUUCUAUGACGCCAUACGAGACAUGAUAGGAUAUUACCCUCUUAUGUGGUGGAAACUGUGUUGGACUAUUACCACUCCCAUGAUUUGUGUUGGCGUCUUUAUCUUCAAUCUCGUACAGUGGACACCUGUAAAAUAUUUAGAUUAUGAAUACCCAUGGUGGUCGCAUGUUCUUGGUUGGAUGACGGCUUUAUCUUCGAUGCUUUGUAUACCUGGUUACAUGAUUUAUGCUUGGAUGACAACACCAGGAGAUAGGUCAACGAAAUAUAAAUUAUUAGUGCGAAUAGAGGACGACGUAUCAAGUCUACGAAUGAAAAUGGGUCAGCCAUCGGUCGAAUUGACACCGCUUUAA